AUGAGAUCAGAUCAAGACAAGGGCAUGCCAGGAGAUAUCAACAAGCACUACGGUUCCAUCAAAUAUGUAGCCCACUGUUCGAUAGAGUCAAGGGCACUGACUUCAAACUUUGCCUCAUUAUUGAAUACGACACAGAAGAUCAUCCAACACGCGAGCAGGGCUAGGCUGAAGCUUGUUAGAAGAAGGCCGAGCACGAUCACUAGAAGGCAGUUGCGUAGAGGGCUACGGCCUGUGUCGUCGACUGCGUGGUGUCUUCAUACAGUAGCUUCUUCCGGAAUGGACAACUACCAUGUACUCCAUCUGAUAGGAGAAGGAUGCUUUGGUAAAGUAUUCAAAGGAAGGCGGAAGUACACUGGGCGUGUGGUAGCGCUCAAAUUCAUAGCGAAGAGGGGGAAGUCGGAGAAGGACUUGAAGAACCUACGCCAGGAAAUAGCGAUAUUGCAGCAGCUCAAUCACGACCAUAUAAUUAUGAUGGAUGAGUAUUUCGAGACGAGUACUGAUUUUGUAGUGGUCACAGAAUUUGCCCACGGGGAGCUGUUUGAGAUAUUUCAAGAUGACAAGAAGCUCCCUGAGAGCCAAGUACGGCGCAUAGCCCAGCAGCUCGUCAAGGCUCUGCACUAUUUGCAUAGCAAUAGGGUCAUACAUAGGGAUAUGAAGCCUCAGAAUAUUCUAGUAGGAGCAAACAAUGUAGUGAAGCUAUGUGACUUCGGCUUCGCCCGAGCCAUGAGCUACAACACGAUAGUAUUAACCAGUAUUAAGGGUACUCCCUUGUACAUGGCGCCAGAGGUCGUCCAGGAGCAGCCUUACAACCACACUGCGGAUCUAUGGUCACUAGGUGUGAUUCUGUAUGAGCUAUUUGUGGGUACUCCCCCUUUUUAUACCAAUUCAUUGUACAGUUUGAUCCAUCUCAUCAUCAAAGACCCCGUCAAGUAUCCUAGUAACAUGUCGCCCGAGUUCAAAUCCUUCCUACAGGGCCUUCUAGUUAAGAACCCUUCAAAGCGUCUGUCCUGGCCAGCCUUAUUGGAGCAUCCCUUCGUACGUCGCGAGUUGUCUACGAGUAUUCUGAACGCUGUCGUUUAG